UAUUAGACCGGUCAUCGUAUCAACCCCAUUUGAGCACCCAAAAAACUCUUUCGGGUUUUGCCCAUUUGAGAAUCCUCUUCCCCCUUUUAACCCCCGUCACUCCAAAACCCUUCUUCCGCCCUUUCGAGCUCUGUCUAACUUUAUCCCAAUUCUAGCAAUUACAUCUGGAAUAAAUCGAAUUAGGGUUUGAAUGUUGAUGAUUUCGCAAUGAUUAACAUCAAUUCGCGAGAGUUGAACUAUCUAGUGUACCGUUAUCUACAUGAAUCAGGUUUCACACAUACUGCCUUCACAUUAGGUUAUGAGGCUGGGCUUAAUAAAAGCACAAUAGAUGGAAAUUUAGUUCCACCUGGUGCUCUUGUUACAUUUGUGCAGAAAGGAAUUCAGUAUCUUGAGCUAGAAGCUAACCUCACAUGUAAUGAUUCUGACAUUGAUGAAGAUUUCUCUUUCAUACAACCGAUCGAUCUCAUCACAAAGGAUGUUUAUGAACUACAAAAAAUGAUAAAGGAGAAGAAAGAAAGUCUUCAGAAAACUAAAAACAGAGAAAAAAACAAAGAACAUGAUCAGGAACAUGCAAGAGAAAAGGAGAAAGAACAUGUGAAGGAAAGAGAGAAAGAGCAUGAACAGGAAAAUGCUAGAGAAAGAGAAAGGGAACGAGGUCAUGCUAGAGAAAAAGAAAAGGAACAAGAAAGACAACAUAGAGAAAGAGAAAAGAGAAUUGAGCAAGAACAACAUAGAGAAAAAGAGAAGGAAAAACAACAAAGGGAAAAAGAACGUGAGUUGGAGAAAGAGAAGAUAGAGAGAGAAAGAGAAAGAGAAAGAGAUAAUAAGGGUAAACACAAAGAGAAAGAGAAGAAAAACGAGGAUCUUGAGGAUAAGAUACGAGUCCAACCUGAAGAAAAUGUGAUUGCAGAAGGAGCAGAACCAAUGGAGAUUGACACAAGCUCAACAGCUUUGCCUUCUGUUAUCCCUAACUCUGAUGUGACAAUUUUAGAAGGUCAUACUUCUGAGGUUUUUGUUUGUGCAUGGAGUCCAGCUGGCUCUCUUUUGGCAUCUGGGUCUGGAGAUUCCACAGCUCGAAUUUGGACAAUUGGUGAUGGACCUUGUAGCUCAAAUUUACAAAAAGGCCCCUUGGAUGUUGCUGUUUUGAAACACUACAGAGGUAGAACAAAUGAUAAGAGCAAAGAUGUAACCACACUUGACUGGAAUGGUGAUGGAACUCUACUUGCAACAGGUUCCUAUGAUGGGCAAGCCAGAAUCUGGAGUAAAGAUGGGGAGCUGAUGAGUACAUUAACAAAACAUAAGGGGCCAAUAUUCUCUUUAAAAUGGAACAAGAAAGGAGACUAUCUUUUAAGUGGAAGUGUAGACAAAACUGCAAUUGUAUGGGACAUUAAGACUGGAGAAUGGAAACAACAGUUUGAGUUUCAUGCAGCUCCUACUCUUGAUGUUGAUUGGCGCAACAAUGUCUCAUUUGCAACUUGCUCAACCGACAACAUGAUUUAUGUCUGUAAAGUUGGAGAUAAUCGACCUGUAAAAACAUUUGUGGGCCAUCAGGGUGAAGUGAAUGCCAUCAAAUGGGAUCCUACUGGUACACUUCUGGCUUCAUGCUCAGAUGAUUCUACUGCAAAGAUAUGGAGCGUAAAGCAGGACACCUGUUUGCAUGAUUUAAAGGAACAUACAAAGGAAAUAUACACCAUAAGAUGGAGCCCAACAGGCCCAGGAACAAAUAACCCUAACCAGCCGCUAGUGCUAGCAAGUGCAUCGUUUGAUUCAACAAUAAAGCUAUGGGACGUGGAAACAGGGAGCCUCCUCCACAGCUUAGUUGCACAUGGGGAUCCGGUGUAUUCGGUUGCAUUCAGUCCAAAUGGGGAGUAUUUGGCGAGUGGGUCGUUGGAUAAAUGCAUGCACAUAUGGUCUGUGAAGGAAGCGAAGGUGGUGAAAACAUAUGUUGGGAGUGGUGGGAUAUUUGAGACCCUAAAAUAUGCUCAUGUUACUAUAAACUCUCAUGUGGAGAAGAGACCCGAUGGUAGGGUUUUAAUGUGCAAUAAUGGGAAGAAAGUAACUCUAAUAAGAAUCCCACAUGCUACAGGUGUGGAAUAUCUCUAG